AUGCAGCGCUCGAAGUCCAGGAGGUGGUCCUCAUCAAUGCCAUCACGCAUCGUGCCUUGGCGGUGCUUGCGGUCGAGACGACCACGGAGGUGGCGCGUGAUCUUGCUCUCCUGGCUUGGUCACUCGCCAAGCCGGUGCCUCGGACGACGCGGAAUGGAGCCAGCUGUGAUCAGAGGAGAGAAGCACAUGGCCGCGAGGAGGCUCAGCCUAGCGACCCUUCCGACCAUGAAUGCUGUGGCGGAACUCACCUUCAAGCAGAUCAAGGCGAAAAGCAGUGGACCGCAGGCGCUGGCGAACAGUGCUUGGGCGUUCGCCACCAGCUCCAUCAAGCAUCCGCCUUUGUUCGAUGCCAUUGCCAGGCUCUCUAUGGAGACCCUGUCAGAGUUUGAUCAGCAGGAGCUCACCAAUCUCUCCUGGGCCUUCGCAGAGACCCGCUGCCGCCACCUCCCCUUGAUCGAAGCCAGUUCUGCCGCCCUCGUGAACGCCUUGGAGGUCCGUGGCAUGAGCGAGGAGGAGGUGGCACGAGGUGGAUAUGCCAUGGCGUGGGCACAGGAUCGCCAUGGGCGUCCUGAUUUGUCGCGCGCCUUGGUGUCGCACUUCAUGGUUGGGGCAAGGUGCCACAGCAUGGCCUGGGGCCUGGUGAUCCAAGAUGAGGAGUGGCGUCAUCAUGCCCCACCCAACGGUGCAGUGACAGCGCUGGAGGCGAUGGCGCGGACCGCAAGCUUCGACUUCGGGCGAGAUGAAAAAGUUGUUCCGGAGGGCGGCGCGAGCCAAUUGGAUCGAGAUAGCUGGGUGGCCUCAAUGAGUGGGGAGGUGAUUUGCUUCGUGUUUCCUGGGGCUGCCGGCCAUGUGAACCCCUCACUGCCCAUCGCACGGCGCUUGGUCCAGCAGGGCUACCAGGUGGAGUAUGUCUGCAGCGAGGCCCUGCGUGCCCCGAUCGCCGCCACGGGCGCGACCUUCCGUGAUGUGGACUUCGUGGUGGUGCCGCGUGCGGCGGGGGACGUCUCCAGCGCACGCGAGAUGAUCGUGGUGAGCACCCUCCAAGCCUAUGAGGAUCCUGGGGCCAAUGCUUGGGCGUUGAACUUCGGGAGCCUGGCAGCCAGCAAGCUGAUCCCCAUCUUCGUGGACUUCUUACGCGAGCUGGCACCCAAGCUGCUGGUGUAUUGUCCUGUGCUAUGCUCCUACGCGCACCUGGCGGCUUCCCAUCUGAAGAUCCCAGACGUGUCGCUGCUGACCGCCAGCGGCCCGGGCUUUUGGGAUGCGGCGUUCACUACGCAUGGUGGGUCCGCCAAACAGCUGUGUGAGGCAAUUGGCAAGAAUGCCGCGAACAACAAGGCCGUUCAGGAGAUCCGGGCGUUCCUGGGAAAGCCCGAGCUGAAGCUGAACACCUCGGAGCCGCUGAUCUGCGACUACUACACCCGCCUGAAUCUGGUCACCACCAUUCCGUCUCUAGCGGACCCCCUGAACGACGCGGAUGCGCAGUUCUAUCGCGAGGCGGGGCAAGACUUCCACUUCAUCGGUCCCUGUUUGGACGAGCCCGGCGAGGGCGAGAAGAGCGAGGAGUUGGAGCUGCGAAGGCUCUGGGAGGAGUGGAGUUUGGGGAAGGGGAGGAGUGGAGCCGGUGGUGCUGAUGGAAUGACACCUGAUGAAGCCAGUUGGUACAUCUUCUCACUGCCGUUGGUACAUCUUCUCACUGCCGGUGCCCGGUUGGCCCAUGAACCACACCCUUCAAGCUUCAGUGAGUGGUUGCUGUGCACCACCUCGGACACCCUCCAGGAGAUCCAGGAAGCCAUGGCCCAGAAGCGCGAGAUCAUUUACGUCUCCAUGGGCACGGUGCUCACCGGCGAUCAUCCAGACCAUGGCUGGCAUGGUCAGAGUGGCACGCUGCUCACGGGCCAGCAGCUCUGCCAGGCCGCGCCAGCUCACGAGCGCUGGAGGUCCACGGAGUCCACUGCGAUUCCACGCUUUUUCGGUUGA